AGUGCCCCAGUAAAUAUUCACAUACGCUUCAAUGACAUGUCCCUUGCCAUAUCCCAUUACAAAAUUUGUCCUCGUAUUGAAUCGAUUGAUUCAGUCACUGGGUGUCAUUCAUGUCCAGUGGCUGCCAAAAUUAUCAUACGAGCCAAAUCCAUCUGCUCUCCAGGUACGGUAUCCGUAUCCUUCAAUAAUAUCCCACUUUCAUCCCGUGCAGUGGCCUUAUUCACUGACAGCUCCCUCGUGACAAUUCAGUUCGUUACGUCGGUCCCCUGUCACGAGGAAAGACUGUGUCUUUACUAUAACGAAAUUAAAAGCUGUGAACCCGUCUCUUUCUGUUUAGAUACCCCGACUCUUUCCCUCACCCAGCGCAAUGAGACGGUCGCCCAGUCCACAGCCGUUAUUCACUCUAGUGGUCUCUUUGAUUCUUUUCUUUCGACCACUUCUUCAUUGGGAACUACACUACAGCAGGGUCUCUACUGGUUCUUCGCUAUUAUCGCCGCUAUCUUCAUCUUUUCGAUGACAGCCGAUCAUACUCGCAUCGCCUGUUGCUGCAUGCCGACUCACUCCUCAUGGGCCACAAUGGACUGUCAAAUACACACGGCUGACCGAUCUUCACGUCUCCGCUGCCUGGCCAAGGGCCCGGCCGGCAGCCGGGACGUCGAGUACCCGCCGAGUCAACCACACCGCCACUGGUACCUGACUCCAUGGCGAUUAUCCGGCGUCGCAUUCACGGGACCACAUUACCCGAGUGCGGUCAAAAUCGCCCUACAAGUACAAUCGCCACACAACCAUGGUCCGGUACCAGUGCAUCGACUCGAGACGUCCCCGUCGACUUCUGCUCGCGCACCAUCCAGAGGUCCCCUCCACCAACGGCCGUCGCUGUCGACUCCAGCCAGUUGCCACCACAAUCACUGGCCGCCAGCAGUCGACAGUACCGCCCGCUCCAGCCGGCCGCGCCUUCUGUCACUGUCCACUGACGGUGAUCUCAUCAGCGCGGCUCUGUCAUGGGUCGGGACCUCGGACAUCAAGAUCCGGAGGACCUACACAUCUCCGCGCUGCGAGCAAGUCACCCACCAGCUCGGGACGUCUACUUCUUCACUCGGUCGUGUGUUGUUCUGACGCCUCCUAUUGUCGGCUCAUGGGGGAGGGGAGGUAAUGUCGCAAGGCUUUGCUCAAAGGACUAUUGCUACAAGCGCGUAUGGCCUUGUUCAGGUGCGUGCGGCCCGCUGCAGAUCCGGGUUAUUAAUUCAACGACUGACCGGUUCUGCAGAGGUUUCCGCGUCGUUCCUCGAAUAAGCUUAUGCGCUUGCCGCAUGACGCUCCUUAUAUGAUCGCGCUGUGCGUGAAAGAUCCUGUAUAAAAGCGUGCGUGAAUUAUCAAAUACACAGAGUGCUCGAGACCGGCUUUGGGGACGCAUCGGCACACCGAACCAAGUAAGUC